AUGACCGUGGGGACGGCCGUGCCCAUCGAUGGAGCUCCCACAUGCGAAGACCCGCCCCUCCUCAGCGCGAUCGAGACGAGCCCGCUGCCGCCGCUUCAAUUGCGCCGGACACCGUCCGAGAAGAUGCUCAACGGCUCGCAGACGCGCCUGCCACAAGUGACGCCGCGUGCCAUUGGUACACCCAAGGAAGUGACCGUCAAGCGGCGCGUGCAAUCGGCGUACGUCCAGCGCGACAUGCCUCUCAACCAAACCCACGACGUGACGCCAUCGGUGGUGACCAAGGCGCCGUCGCCGAACAAGGUGUCGCCGUCCAAAGCGCGCAUCAAGUCCCUCGAGCGCAUCGUGACGUACAAGCAGGCGGAAAAGACAGAGAAAGAGGCGGCCGAGCAGUCACGCGUCCAGCGCGAGCGCCUUGCGCAGGCCCAACGUGGCCACGCGCUCGCACAAAAGCAGCGUCGCCGCGCCGAGAUUUACGCGAUCAACGCUCAAAUGCGCGCCUUCAACCAAGCCGCGAUGGCCAACGGCGGCUCCAGCGCAACGCCCGUCGGUGUCUAG